AUGAGCGAGCUUUCCCUGUGGUCAGCUCCAAUAGCACCGCAUUGGCUGGAAGCACGACGCAAGGCGGGCGAGAAGGUCGAGCGGCCGCCCGUAUGGGUGAUGCGCCAAGCCGGCCGGUACCUCCCUGAAUACCACGAGGCCAAGGGCAGCCGCGACUUCUUCGAGUGCUGCCGCGACCCCGAGGUCGCCUCGACCCUGACCCUCCAGCCCGUCGAGCGCUUCGCCGGGCUCCUCGACGCCGCCAUCAUCUUCUCCGAUAUCCUCGUCAUACCCCAGGCCAUGGGCAUGGUCGUCGAGAUGGUGGACAAGAAGGGCCCGCACUUCCCGGACCCGCUGAGGUCGCCCGACGACAAGCAGUACGCCGAGGUGUUGCAGCGCCAGGUCGACGUCACAAAGGAGCUCGACUAUGUCUACAAGGCCAUCACCCUGACGAGGAAGAAGCUGCAGGGCCGCGUCCCCCUCCUUGGUUUCUGCGGCGCCCCGUGGACGCUGCUCUGCUACAUGGUGGAGGGCGGCGGCACCAAGAUGUUCAAGGAGAGCAAGACGUGGAUCUACAAGUACCCAGAGCAGUCAAAGCUGCUGCUACAGAAGAUUGCCGAGUUGUGUGUAGACCAUCUCGCCCAUCAGGUCGAGGCCGGUGCACAGAUGGUGCAAGUCUUCGAUUCAUGGGCCGGGGAGCACUCUCCGGCCACUUUCAAGGAGUUCUCAGAGCCGUACCUGAGGUACAUAGCGGAGAACCUGCCCAAGAAGCUGAAGUCCCUGGACCUGGAGCCAGUUCCCAUGAUCGUCUACCCCAAGGGGGCUUGGUAUGCCCUGGACGCAAUGUGUGAUUCGGAUUACGAUGUCGUCGGCCUGGACUGGCUUCACGACCCUGCAGAUGCCGCCACGGUCCGGGGCGACCGAAAGAUUGUGCUCCAGGGCAAUGCCGACCCUGGUGUCUUGUAUGGCUCUCGUGAGGCCAUAACGAAGACGGUGAAGAACAUGGUGGAUGGCUUUGGCUGGGCAGAGAGGAAGCAGGGCUGGAUUGUGAACCUUGGACACGGCAUAACGCCAUUCGUGAAGCCAGAUGAUCUCAAGUUCUUCUUCCAGGAAGUUCACCGCCUGACACUUGCUGCGUGA